UUUUUAGGCUGGGGCCAGCUUAUCAGUAUAUUUUAAAAGGUCCAUAGAUAAUUAUAACAAUAAAUUAGCAUUGAGAACCACUGGUUUUAGCACUUUAUAUGCAUUUAAUUUAAUUAUUUUAUAACAGCUCUAAAAGUGAGGUUCAAUUAAGAGUUAUAUUUUAAUAGAUGUACAGACUACCAAGAUGCUUGUCAUAUUAUUCUCUUCUUCUUACAGGGUAUAUCUUAUUGCAUAUGCUUUCCUCGUGGUGGGGGGCUGAUACUUUACUGCCUGUAUAGAUUUUUUUAUGUUAAAAUGUCCUUGCUGUUCUAACAUUCUUCAGCCCAGUGUGUCUCAAGUGGGUUUGAAAAGAAACAGUUGAAUAACACAGAAAUGAGUGAGGAGAGAUUUCUGAGAACAGAACUUGGUUUUGCUACAUCUGAGGAACAUUGCCUAAGGUCCUAGAGUAUUAGGUCCUCAAGUGUAAGCACUUGAUUUGUGAAUUUCUUGAAUUAAAAAUAUAUGCACAGUGCUGGGUGCCUGUAUACUUAUUUUCUUUUUUAUAACCCUUUUUUCUUUCCCCAAAGCUGUCUCUUCUACAUGGAACCACAGAAUCUGACAGGUAUCUCAGAAUUCCUCCUCCUGGGCCUCUCUGAGGACCCAGAAUUGCAGCCGCUCCUUUUUAGGCUGUUUCUCACCAUGUACCUGGUCACUGUUCUUGGAAAUCUGCUCAUUAUCCUGGCUGUCAGCUCUGACCCCUGCCUUCACAUCCCCAUGUACUUCUUCCUAUCUAAUCUGGCCUUGGCUGACACUGGUUUCAUUUCCACCACAGUCCCCAGGAUGCUAGUGAACAUCCAGACACAGAGCAAAUCUAUCACGUAUGAGGCCUGCCUGACACAAGUGUCCUUUUUUAUUCUUUUUGCCUGUUGGGACGUCCUCCUUCUGACUGUGAUGGCCUAUGACCGGUUUGUGGCCAUCUGUCACCCACUUCACUACCUUGUCAUCAUGAACCCUCGCCUCUGUGGCUUCCUGGUUUUGGUGUCAUGUUUCAUCAGCCUUUUGAACUCCCAGCUGCACUGCUUGAUGGUGUCACAACUCACCUUCUACAUGGAAGUGAAAAUUCCUCAUUUCUUUUGCGACCCUUCUCAACUUCUCAAUCUUGCCCGUUCUGACACCUUCACCAAAAACAUACUAGUAUAUUUUAUUGGUGCCAUUUUUGGUGGCGUUCCAGUCUCAGGAAUCCUUUUCUCUUACAGUCGAAUCAUUUCCUUGAUUUUGAGAGUCCCAUCAUCAGGUGGGAGGUAUAAAGCCUUUUCCACGUGUGGUUCUCACCUGUCAGUAGUUUGCUUAUUUUUUGGAACUGGUCUUGGAGCUUACUUAAGUUCAGCUAUCUCAUCUUCUCCCAGGAAAGAUGCGGUGGCCUCAGUGAUGUACACCGUGGUCGCCCCCAUGCUGAACCCCUUCAUCUACAGCCUGAGGAACAGGGACAUCAAUAGGGCUCUGUGGAGGCUCCUCAGGAGAACAGCUUGAUUUCAAGACCUGUGCCAUCUUUUACAGCGUGUGUCUUGAAAACAAAACUUACCAAACAUCUCAAACAGGAAAUCCUAUAUUUUGGCCAGAUAAUUCUUGUAGCUUUCAUGUUGACAUUCCUCUCGAUAUGUCAUAUCUCAAUAUUGUUUAUUUUGGUCCCUCUUGAAUAAGAUUGUGGUAGUAUUCUGGAAUCCUAAUUAUGCCAUAACCACUGCAUGAUUGAAUUCUCUAAAACUUGUGGAACCUUCUAUAUUUGUCAUCUGUCUUAGUCACCUAGUGCUGCUCUAACAGAAAUACCACAAGUGGAUGGCUUUAAGAAAGAGAAGUUUAUUUUCUCACAGUAAAGUAGGCUAAAAGUCCAAAUUCAGGGUGUCAGCUCCAGGGGAAGUUUUUCUCUCUCUUUCAGCCUCCUCAUCAAUCUUCCCCUAGACUAGGAGUUUCUCUGCCCAGGGACCCCGAGUCCAAAGGAUGCGCUCUGCUCCUGACACUGC